AUGCCUUGCCUUCUGCCCGUUAGGAAUCUUGCCUGCCACACUGGCAAAUUAAAACACAUGACUCUAUGGCACCUACUUAAUGUGGGUGGCAUUAUUGUUCACAGAAAAGAACUUGGAGACUGGAAAACAAGACUUGAAACCCCAAAGUUGGGCAUUUUUUUGGAUCCGUCAUCCCAGGAAAAACUCCCAAGGGACUGUACCUGCAUCUCCAAAUUGAGAGAAUCCUGUGAAUGUGAUGCUAUAUUAGAGAGUCAUCAGAGCAAUGAGGAGAAAUGUUCUCAACAAGCAAAAAUCAUCCAAAAGAAUUCUUUUAAUUCAGCCAUUGGCCACGAAUGUAAUGAAUGUGGCAGAAACUUUAGUCUAGUGUCAGUCUCUUCUCAACAGGGAGAACAAAUAGCAAAGGGUCUCUGUAAAUGCAACAGACAUAGCAAGAGCUUCAGACUAAAUUUCAGCCCAAGUAAAUGCAAUGGAAACUGCUCAAAGAAGACAUAUUCUGUGACUGAUGAAUGUGAGAAAUCCUUCAGUUAUCAUUCUGACCAUGUUGAAUAUCAUAUAAUUCAUAUUGGAGAAAAUCCUUGUGAAUGUAGUGAAAGUGGGAACACCAUAUACCACAGUUCAUCCAUUACUUCAAAUCAGAAAAUUCAUUCCCAAAAGAAUUUUGAUAAAUGUGGGGAGCCCUAUUCCCAAAGCAUACAAGUUGCUGAGCAUCAGAAAAUUAAUUCCAGAGACAAAGCUUAUGAAUGUCAUGAAUGUAGGAGAACUUUUGCUCAGAGUGCACAUCUUGCUCGACAUGAGAGAUGUCAUUCUGUCGAGAAAUCUUAUGAGUGCAAUGUAUGUGGGAAGACCUUCAGCCGAGGUGCAUAUCUUACUGAACAUCAGAGAAUUCACACUGGGGAGAAACCUUAUGAGUGUAAUGAGUGUGGGAAGUCCUUCAUCCGAGGCACUUACCUUACUCUACAUCAAAGGACUCAUACUGGAGAAAAACCUUAUGAAUGUCAUGAAUGUGGAAAGGCCUUCCCCCAGAGCGUACAGCUUCUUGGACAUCAGAGAAUUCAUACAGGAGAAAAACCUUAUGAAUGCAGUUACUGUGGGAAGACAUUUAGACACAGCUCAUCCCUUAAUUCCCAUCACAGGAUUCAUACUGGAGAAAAACCUUAUGAAUGUAAUGAAUGUGGAAAGGCCUUCAAACAUAGCUCUUCCCUUACUUACCAUCAUAGAAUUCAUACUGGAGAGAAACCUUAUGAAUGUAAAGAAUGUGGGAAGACCUUCCCCCAGAGCAUACAACUUAUUGGACAUCAGAGAAUUCAUACAGGAGAGAAACCUUAUGAAUGUAACGAAUGUGGUAAAGCCUUUAGCCGGAAAACACAACUUACGCGACACCAGAGGAUUCAUACUGGAAACAAACCUUAUGAGUGCAAUGAAUGUGGGAAGGCCUUUUGUCAAAAGACCCAACUCACUAAACAUCAACGAAUUCAUACUGGAGAGAAGCCAUAUGAAUGUCAUGAAUGUGGGAAGUCCUUCCGCCAAAGGUCACAUCUUACUUACCAUCAGAGAAUUCAUACUGGAGAU